AUGAAGCAGAUGCUCAAGGAGAAGAGAUAUGAGCUAUACUCUGAAGCUCCCAAGAGGCCAAAUGUAUCAAAGUCUCCAACGAAUACAAAUGCAGUGAUUUCAGAUGAUAGUGACAUUCUGGUAAUCCCUCCAGACAGUCCAAUUGUUGAUGAUGAAUCGCCGAAGAAAGACUUGCUUGAAAUGGUGCAAGAGCCCGAACCGAAAUCUGAGGAGAAGACGAGAGGGGAAUUGAGCACCUCAGCUCUUCCUAAACUCAUGGAAGAUGUGGUCAGUCCACCACCAGGGUUGACUCCAAAAGCGGAUCCUAUUGAUCUGAAAUGUCAGAAAUCGAGAAAAGAAAAAGCGUCUGGUCAAAAGGAAAAACAGAGGAAGGAAAACCGGAUGAACUUGUACUGA